GGACUUGAGCUGAAGGACGGGAACCUCACGCCUCAAGUUCCCGAAUCAUCCCGACUUCACUCUCUCUCUUCCCCUGGGAUCCAGAACCUCCACCCUUCUUCUAGGCUCGCUGGCUCGUGGCCAAGGAGCUCGCGCGCCGCCUCCGCCCCGAGCGCAAACAGCUGUUCCCCGAGACGUCGCCGCCCUCAACUUUGCCAACUAGUCCGCACGCCCUUUGACCAGCGGAGCAACCCGGACCUGUAGGCUGGGGGCCGUUGGCGGAGUUAAAAAAAGAAAGGUGAAACAGCUGGUUUCGGGGCCGCGAGUUGCUGGGCUUUGCCUCAGAACUUUCCGGAGGCGGCGGAGUGGCCCCGCCCCGCCCCCGCGACGCCCGCGCGCACGGGCUGUGCUAGUUUCUUCGCUCCGAGAGCGCGUGGGCAGCGGCGGCGGCGGCUCCAGCGGCGCAAAGGCGACAGGGGGGAGCGGCGGCGCGGGCAAGUGGAGCAGAGGCAGCGGUAGCGCCUGCGUCUGUCAGGUUACUUCUGGCUGCUGCUUUGAGAGAAUGUUGUAGGGAAAGAAGAAUAGAAGCAGGAAGACUCUGAAGUGAUGCAGAUGAGAGCGGAAGGUGGUUUGCAGCGUGAGAGUAGCAAUGAAGUUGAAUGAUUUUCGGAUUUUAUAUAUGUUUUGAAGAUUGAACCAACAGGAUUUUUUCGACAGGUUGGAUAUGACUAGAGGACUGAAAGAAGAGUCAGUGGCCAAGGUUUUUGUUGUGAGCAGCUAGAAGUGUUGAAUCUCUACCAAGACAACUGGAGACAACUGGGUAGAGUAGGUUUUGGAGGGAAGAUCAGGAAUUCAGAUUUGGAUGAGGCCAAGAAGUUCUAAAGAAGAAAAAUUUCAGAAAAAUUGCCUCUGUUUGAGUGGAAUAUCAGUGAACCAAGGAAACCUGUAGUGCCGUCCUGAAAGAAAACCUGGUCUACAGUAACUUAACAGACUUAGCUGAGGGUUUUUUACCCAAAUUGGUCACUGGAUUCUGCUGCCUCAUACUUGAACCUGCUUGGAAUUUUUCUCAUGUGGAUCUAAGGGGAAUGUUUUAUUAUGGCUGCUGUUGUCCAACAGAACGACCUAGUGUUUGAAUUUGCUAGUAACGUCAUGGAGGAUGAACAACAGCUUGGUGAUCCAGCUAUUUUUCCUGCUGUAAUUGUGGAACAUGUUCCUGGUGCUGAUAUUCUCAAUAGUUAUGCGGGUCUAGCCUGUGUGGAAGAGCCCAAUGACAUGAUUACUGAGAGCUCCCUGGAUGUUGCCGAGGAAGAAAUCAUAGAUGAAGAUGACGAUGACAUCACGCUCACAGUUGAAGCCUCCUGUCAUAAUGGGGAUGAGACGAUUGAAACAAUUGAGGCUGCUGAGGCGCUCCUCAAUAUGGAUUCUCCUGGCCCUAUGUUGGAUGAAAAACGAAUAAAUAAUAAUAUAUUUAGUUCAUCUGAAGAUGACAUUGUUGUUGCCCCAAUCACCCAUGUAUCCGUCACAUUAGAUGGGAUUCCUGAAGUGGUGGAAACUCAGCAGGUUCAAGAGACCUAUGCACACUCACCAGGAACAUCGUCACCAGAACAACCUAAGAGAAAGAAAGGGAGAAAAACAAAACCUCCACGACCAGAUUCCCCAGCCACUACGCCGAACAUAUCUGUGAAGAAGAAAAAUAAAGAUGGUAAGGGAAACACAAUUUAUCUUUGGGAGUUUUUACUGGCACUGCUCCAGGACAAAGCUACUUGUCCUAAAUAUAUCAAAUGGACCCAGCGAGAAAAAGGCAUUUUUAAACUGGUAGAUUCCAAAGCAGUAUCCAGGUUGUGGGGAAAGCACAAAAACAAACCUGACAUGAAUUACGAGACCAUGGGAAGAGCUCUCAGGUACUAUUACCAAAGGGGUAUUCUGGCAAAAGUGGAAGGUCAGCGCUUGGUGUAUCAGUUCAAGGAAAUGCCAAAAGAUCUUAUUUAUAUAGAUGAUGAGGAUCCUGGUUCCAGCAUAGAGUCUUCAGAUCCAUCACUGUCUUCAACAACUACUUCAAGUAGGAGCCAAGCAAGCAGAUCGAGAGUAUCCUCAAGUCCAGGGAUAAAAGGAGGAGCCACUACAGUUCUAAAGCCGGGAAAUUCUAAAGCUACAAAACCCAAAGAUCCUGCAGAAGCUGCACAGCCAUCAGAAGUUCUGAGGACAGUGCAGCCCACACAGUCUCCAUAUCCUACCCAGCUCUUCCGGACUAUUCAUGUAGUACAGCCAGUACAAGCUGUCCCAGAAGGAGAAGCAACCGUAACCAGUAGCAUGCAGGAUGAAACAUUAAAUUCUUCCGUUCAGAGUAUUAGGACUAUACAGGCUCCAACCCAAGUUCCAGUGGUUGUGUCUCCUGGGAAUCAGCAUUUGCAUACAGUAACACUCCAGACAGUGCCAAUCACAACAGUGAUAGCCAGCACAGAUCCAUCAUCAGGUGCUGGAUCUCAGAAAUUUAUUUUACAAGCCAUUCCAUCCUCACAGCCCAUGACAGUACUGAAAGAAAAUGUCAUGCUGCAGUCACAGAAGCCAGGCUCCCCUCCUUCGAUUGUCUUGAGCCCUGCCCAUGUACAGCAGGUACUUACUAGCAAUGUUCAAUCGAUUUGCAAUGGAACCGUCAGUAUGGCUUCAUCUCCGUCCUUCAGUGCUACUACUCCUGUGGUGACCUUUUCUCCUCGAAGUUCACAACUUGUUGCUCACCCACCUGGCACUGUAAUCACUUCGGUUAUCAAAGCUCAAGAAACAAAAACUCUUAUACAGGAAGUAGAGAAAAAGGAAGUUGAAGAUCAUUUGAAAGAAGACAUUGAGAAGACUGAGCAACAGCCACAGCCUUAUGUGAUGGUGGUAUCCAAUUCCAAUGGAUUUGCCUCUCAGGUAGCUGUGAAACAAAAUGAAUUGCUGGAACCCAACUCUUUUUAAUUAAUAUACCAAAGGAAUUAUGGAUGAUUGUUUUUUAAUUGAACAUUUCCAGUUGUAUUCAAACUGAUUCUAAGAUAAAUUCUACAGAUGUUCCUAAUUUUGUAGUUAAUUGUUAAAAAUAUUAAUUUAGAGUUAAUUUUGACUUUGUUAGAUGAGGGAGGGUACCCAAGUGUUUCUCUUUGUUGUGCAAAUGUUUCAGAAUUCAAUUGUGAAGGAACAGGCAUUUUAUACUAUGAAGACCUUCUUUUCAGAUUUUUUUCAGUUGCUAUACCAUAAGCAUUUUUUAAGUUUCUUUUUUAAUUUUACAUGGUAUUAGUUUUUCUGAUUCUUUUGUAAAUACAGUACUUAAAUACAAGGCAACAGGAGAUUUAUAUAGGAACCAUUUUCAUUCCACUUGCCUAAGUUAAAGUCUUGACCCUUUCAAAUGCAAGACAGCUAUUUUAUACUUUGUUAAAAUUAUGAUUUCAGUUAGAUUGACUUUAGUUGGUUGCACUGUAUAAGGAACUAUGAAGAUGUAGAAAACAACAUUAAAAAUUGAAAGUUGCCUAUGAUACGGCUGAACCUGUUUCAGAAGCAGGAUAGUAUAAAAGCGUCAGCCUAAGAGUGGCUCUUCUGCUAAUUAGUUGUGUGAUGUUGGGCAAAGCCACUGGAUCUUUUUGGGCCUCAGUUCUCCCAUAAAAGGAAGGGAUAUGUUGGAUUAGAUGAGAUGAUCUUCAGGCUCCUUUCUGGUUCUAAAUUUAAUGAUUCUAGCUCCUAUAUUUUAAAGUUAUAUCAACUAAAACAUUAUCAGCUUAUUUCUUAAUGUAAAUAUGGCUAACAUAUUGCAGAAAAAUAACUGGCCCUACAACCUACAAAAUUCAUUCUUCUGUUAUCUGUAAGAUCUGCUAUGUAUCUGAAUUCUUCCUAAAUCCUGUGUUCAUUAACUUUUUAGGCCACUGUGUACCGUGGCCCAUCAGUAAACUUACAUUGCUGAGUGCUAAAUGAUGUACUGCCAUUCUGAAAGAGUCAAGGAUCUUUCUUAAGGGCCCAGAAAGCAACCACACCUUGGGCUCAUCUGGCUGAGUAGUCAGUUGCUAUAAAAGCAUAAUUGCUUUAUAUUUUGGAUCAUUUUUUUAUUGGGAGUUGGGGGGGGUUGCGUACAAAGAUAAUAUACAUAUAUAUCUGAGUCUCGGAAAUGAAAUAGUUUUUAGAUUACUUUUCAACUGUAAAUAAUGUACAUUUAAUUUCACAAGAAAAAUUGUUUUCUGCAAAUUUUCUAGUACAGCAAAGGAGAAACUUUUGUAGAUGAAAAAAAUCAUGUUUAGAGGUUUCUUGUUCUAUGUUUUCAUAUUACAGAGUGAAUUUGUAUUUAAGCAAAAAUUUAAAUUUUGGAAGCCUCUAAACGUUUUUGUAUCUUUAAUUGGUUUAUUAUUAAAUAAAUCAUGUAAAAGUU